AUGUCUACAAUCGGUUACAUCGGCGCCUCGUUGUGCCUCGUCGGCGUUCUCUCUUCCCUCUUCUCAAUCAGUCAUAUCGUGUCUGAUAUCAACUCUCUUCGCAGUGAAGUCGAGGGACGUGUCGAUGAGUUCAAGGUUCUUGCCGAUGACACGUGGCAACGUCUUCUGAUUCUUCAAUCUCCAACCGGAGAGACCGAGAAUGUGAUGCCAUCGAUUUUCCGUUCCAAGAGAUUCGUCUACCCUGGAAUGUGUAAUUGUGAUAGCAACUCCCAAGGAUGCCCAGCUGGACCACCAGGACCACCAGGACUUCCAGGAAAGCGUGGAGACGAAGGACAGCCAGGAGACCUCGGACGUACCGGAGCCACCGGAAUCUCUCUUGCCGCCGUCCAUCACAUUCCAGGAGGAUGCAUCAACUGCCCAGCUGGACCAGCCGGACCACCAGGACCACAAGGACCAGUCGGAAACCAAGGAUUCGCCGGAGUCGUCGGACCAUGCGGACCAUCUGGAGACGAUGGACAACCAGGACCACAAGGAGUUCAAGGAGACAAGGGAGCUCAGGGACCAAAGGGAUUCGAUGGAGCAGAUGGACCAGACGGUAUGCCAGGAACCGCCUACUUCCCAGGAGCACAAGGACAGCCAGGAGAGCCAGGAUGGUUGGGACAACCAGGACUUCCAGGAAAGCACGGAGAGCCAGGAAAGGACGGAGAGGAGGGACCAAAGGGACCAGAGGGAACUCCAGGAGCCAACGGAAGAGAUGCCUAUCCAGGACAACCAGGAAAGGCUGGAGAGCCAGGAGCUGUUGGAAAGGACGCCAACUACUGUCCAUGCCCAGCUCGCCGCGACUCGAAGACCGAAAGUGUCCACGAGCCACCAGCAGCUUCCCAAAACGGAGGAUACAGAAAGGCCAAGAGACACUAA